AUGCUUCCUCGGCCCAAGGAAGAAUUGUUCAUGUUCCUCGUCCCCAGUGGCAAGUCUUCCCCAACGCCCGGCUCAACAUUUUCAAGGUCACGUGGCCGAGAGCCAAUCAGGUGGGCGGUGCCUGAGGCAGCACGAGGAUUCGCGGUGGCGAACGUCGGGAGGAGCAGGAACGGGAGCGAGGACCGACAGCGGCGAGGGCACGACGAUGACGGGGGAUGUACGUCAAUUGCUAUUUACGUGGUCGUGAUGUGA